AUGUCUCACGUAGAGCCAUCUUCCGCAGCUGCCAACAGGGCGCACAACAACCACUGCGAGAUGGAACGACUGUUCAGUCGAGAAUCUCGGUAUACCAUCUGGCGAAAUUUAUGGUUCUGGCUCGCUCAAAGCCAGAGGGAGCUCGACAUCAUCUACCUCGUCCCCAUCCCUGACUCCUAUCCCCCGGCGUUCAGGGAAAAUAAAAUCGACGAUGAAGAUCUUGAACAGCUGAGGCGUUGUUGUAAUGUCUCGAGAUACCAUGUUAAUACUAUGCAAAUGCGUUCAUUGACUCCCGAUCACGUAUUGGAUCUCCGAGCUCAAUUUCAUUUCGUCACUGAUAUAGAUGCCCCUCGAUCUGAGCACUGGCUCAACAUUGGCGUCACCCACGAGUACACUCUCGAAAACACGGAGCAGAUCCUCAUGACUCAUGCCCUGGAUAUCUUGAUCACCAAGCUCUCGAUGCUUCUCUACCGUCUUCGGAACUUUGCCAUGGAUCACAAGUCUGUGCAUUGUCUCAUAUAUGAGUCAGACUAUGAUAGACCUACCUACGUCACGACGAUCGGAGAGAAAGUUGCUAGCUGGGCUAAGACUCUCGGUGAAAUUCUGUGGUGUUUUCAGAAACUUCGAUGUAACAUUGGAUCGGCUGGAUCUCAGCCAAUUACUCAAUGUGAACAGGGCAACAUUGCCUUUCUUGACAAGCUAUCUAUGCUGGAGCACUUUGAGGGUGACGAGUCAAAGUGCGAGAGGCUGGAUGACCUCCUCCGCCAAAAGAUGGGAUUCGAAAAAUGUUACGCAAAAGACUAUUUCAGAUACCGUUCUGACACCAACGGACGUUUGGGGCGCAUAUGUCAUACCCUAGGCGACACAGCCCUUCGAGUUGUGGAAGAUCUGGACCAUUUCGACUCUGGUGGUCAGUUGGUCGAGAAAAGGCCGAAGAGCGACGGCUCACCUAUCACUGAGGAAGAUCCAAAAUUCAAACAGUCCCCGCUCCUCAGGAUUGCUGCAGACGCGCUCAUGCAAGUCUCAAUUACUUUCAAGGAUCCCAGAGUGUCUAAGACUCAUGGAGAGGACGAAUACAUCAUGGUACGGCUGUUCAAGCACGCUGCGCGAGUCGUCAGGAUACUCCAAAGCAUUGUUGAGGGUCUUUACUACAACUCCCAGAACGCCAACACCAUCAAGUGGCUCGAGAUGCCGUUUAUGAUGAGCGGCCCUCUCAUCAGUAGACUAACCCUCCGCCGCGAGGAUCCAAUGACCAUUAUGCGACAUCUGAGAAACAUUGGCCUUUCGGUGAUGAAUGAGCCGUCAGAACGUCAAACGUAUAGCUUUCUCGACAGACUCAUGCAUCACGGCUUCUUCAACACACAUGCUGUCGACAUUCGCAAUGCUGUCUUGUCAGUUCAGGAUGUUACGCAUAGUGAAAGACUAGUCGACGAAAUCUGUGGGGAGCAUGGUAUCAUUGAUAGGAGACUUCAGCCUUAUUUGGGGUAUAUUCGGGAGAUGACUGCUGGGGAGUCGCAGACACCUCUGAUGAUUGAGUCCGCCAGGGGUAACUAG